AUGGCGUCGGCAUCGGCUCAUCCGGAGCUGUCGCAGCCCGUAUCGCUGCUGGCACAUCCGAGUGCAGCUCCGGCCGAACUCGCACGCCACGCUGCGCUCCCAGCCACCGGAUUCUCGUCCACAAAGUGCUCCACCGUCAGCACCGGUGCAGCCUACAAGCUAUCGUCGGAUGCGAGGACGCUGCGCAGGCUCAAGGGCACUCUGCCCAUCCUCGUCGCUGCCAACGCGCUCAACCUGGUGAACCCGCAGACGCAGACGCCCAUCCAGAGCUUCACCCUCUCUUCCGCCGACACAGCUUCGUCCGCUCCCCUCACGCUGCUCAGCUCGCUCGGCGCCGGUCGAUCGCUCCGCACCACCUACGUCGGCAUCGAGUCCCACAAACGCUCCAAGUCCGGCCGCGCCGCCGUCGCCGCAUCUCACGAGCUGUGGGCGUUCGUCGAAGAACUCUCCGCCAAGAGCAAGGAGAACGCCGAGGUGCAGUUCAAGAAGGAGGUGCUCCCCCUCGACAAGCCUGUCCGCCUCAUCCACCCGCUCAGCGAUGGACGCUUGGUGCUCACCCAUCCCGACGACAGCCUCACGCUCGUCUCGUCGUCGCCCAUCACCUUUGACGACGAAGCCUCGGUACAGACCGCAUCGACGUCGAUGCAGGUGGUGCAGACCAUCGACGCAACCAACGGCGCGGGCCACCAACGCUCCCAUUUUUACGUCAACAUCCUCGACGCACCUUCUGCCAAAGCUCUCGUCUCGCACUCUUCGCAGAUCGAAGAGGCGGCUCUUCUUGGCUUGCGCAUCGCCGUCACCUCGGACUACAUCCUUGCCAGCACAUCUGCCAAGGCCGGCGACGAUUCCAAGAAGAAAAAGAGGUCAAAGCGCUCCAAGAAGGAUGCCAGCUCCAAACCCAGCGCCAAAGAUGCCCAAGACGACGACGACGUGGCCGCUUCGAGCGGCCAUCUUCCCGCCAAGGGCGCCCCCAGCGGUCCGCUCACGCUUGAGCUCACUGCAUUUGUCAAGAGCUUCGACGGCGCCUCGGACGCGAUGGCUGCUCUGGUCAAGCUAGGAAGAAUCGAGGUGCCAGGCUUCACCAGCGCUCGUCACGUUCAGGAUGUGCACUUCCACUCGGCCGGCCGUCUGGCGCUUCUGGGCAUCGACGGCCAAUUGACCAGCUUCAAGCUCUCCACCUCCAGCAGCGCUGAGCCGGUGCUGGUCCGAAGCGGCGCGAGCUUACUUCCGGCUCUGGCUCCGGCGAGCAAUGCACGUCCGUCGUCGUCGUCGACCGCCUCGCCGGCGUGCUGUCUGCUUCUGAGCCGCGACCAUGCGCUGGUCGUCGGCGUGACGCGCGCCACACCGGCUACGCAGGACAAGGAGCGCAUCGCGGCGCUCAUCGUUGAUGUGGAGCUGGGCGCAGUGCUGCGUGAGAUCGACUGGGCCGUUCCGUUUGUUGCGCCCUCGAGCGCGGCUGCAUCCACGCUCGGCCUGCUGCAGCGCAUGACGACCAUCUCGGCAACGCGCAUCGCGGGCUCGACCAGCGUCAUCACCAUCGGCGCUCCCACGGUGGCAGCGCGCAUCUCGGACUCGUCCGCCAACGCAGAGGCACUCCUGCAGCUGCAGCAGCGCCGACUCUGCGUGCUCUCGAUGCCGUUUGUGGUGCCCGAGGCGAGCGUGCUGCGCGAUGCACUCGGAAAGGGCGAUCUCACGGCGCGAUGGAUUCAGACGGCUGCCACGGACGCAGCGGACGCAGCUGGCGUGUCGGCAUCGGAUGCGAGCCGAGCGGACGUCUUGGACCAGAUCAAGCGCAUCUCACAGGCGACCGGCAAUGCCAAGGCGAAGGGCGCCGAGAUCAACACGCUCAUCAGCCAGUGGAUCGAGGCUUCUACGGCGGACGGACGCAUGGUGGAGACCAUGUCUGCACCCGAGGCGGAUACGGCGUUCUUUGGCGAGCUGCUCGACGUGCUGCUUCCGGCGCCGUCUUCACGCAAGGGUAGCGCGUCUGGCUUGACUGCAUCGGCGGCAUUGGUGACGAUGCUCAAGCAUGCACGGGUGCAUCCGUCUGUGUUUGCAUCGCUGCAGCCCACGGCGGGAUCGACGGCGGCGAACGGUGCGGUUGCGUCGCCCUCCAACGCAGCACGUCUUUCGGAAUUCUGGGCGAGGAUCGGGAGCAGCAACGAGCCGAAGCUGGUGCGUGCGGCGAUUGAGCGGCUUCCGGAAGUGUCGGAAGAGACGCUGGUAUCGCUGCUCAUGACGGCGGUGCGAGGGCUUAGCGCGUCGAGCGCAUCCAAGGCGGCAGCUGGGUUCAUGGCGCUGGUGGUGGAGCUGGUGGAGGUGCCGGUAUCGCGGGCGGCUCUGAGGAGUGCGCUCAAGACGCAGCUGCGCGACGAUGUCGAGUCGGUGGUGGCGCUGCUGCAGAUGUGCAACGCGUGGAUCAGCCAGACGAUUCAACUGCCUCUGCAGGUGGUUGAGCGCGGGGAUGACAGCAAGAUGCCCAAGGCGGAAGCGGCGAUGGCGCUGGCGACGGAUGUGCUCGACACGUUCUUCCCGCUGCUGCUCACGACGCCGCGCACGCACGCUACGGUGGAGGCGCUCUCGGCGACGAUCGGACGAUACGUGCAGCUGAUGUCGACGCUGCGACUUGUGAAUGCGCCGCUGUCGGCGUUUGCCAAGCUGCAGCAGGAGAAUGCGCUGCUGAGCGAGGCGGCGAGCCGCGACAAGAAGAGCAGCAAGAGAGGCACGUCGUUGGCGGCGAGUGGCGCCAUGGCGUCGGCGGGCAAUGCCAAGGUGCACGCGAGCAGCAAGGCCGAGGCGACGGCGAGGGCCGAGAUGGGCGGUGGACUGGGACUCAAGCUGGGCACCAUGGGCGAGGCCAAGACGCGCCGUCUGCAACUGUUGGAGCAGAGCAUGCUGGUGGGCGCCUACAGCUUCGAGCGUCUCGAGAUCUGA